AUGGCAACACCACAAAAAACAGCCAUCACCACUACAAAAAAUAUCAAAGUGGCCAAACCAUCACCACCUCCCCCACCACCAGUAUGGAAACAAUUCUCAAACUUCACCAACGCUCACCCACUGGGCAUUGAAAAGACUCUCCGCUUUAUCCAGGCCGUCUGCACAAUCCUAUCUUCUAGCAUCUUUAUCUCAUAUGUACCGAAUUCCGUGUACGCCGUCAAAUCUGCUUUGGCAAAGAAUCAGAUCGCUCUCGCUCGGAGGUAUCUGAGAUUCUUCAAGUUCAUUGACUGCUUCGACGCAGGUUACAAAGCAUGGCUUGUCCCUGCUCCACUUGAAGCUGAUGCCGUUAAGAAGAUUGCCGCUGUCGGAAAAUGGUCUUUUCUGGGCGUGUAUUUCUUUAUGGAGGAUUUAACUAUUUUGGAUGCGAUGGGUAUAUGGCCAACCGCCUGGGCCCAGGAAACAUUCCUCGAAUGCCACAAAUGGUGGUUCUUCGGACUUGCAUUGAGCAUCAUAGGCUCCACCGUCAAUCUUUUCUUCCCUGCUUCUGAGCCUCCAGCAGCAAAACAAUCCGACGAGAAGACAAAGCCCGCUGAGAAGCAGAAAAAGUCGGAUUUGACUCCCCUCGUCAAAAACCUUAUUGUUGAUGCGUGCGAUAUUGUGAUUCCGGGGAGUGUGUUGGGAUGGAUCCCGGCUUCAUCGACGCAGGUGGGUAUCGUGAUGAUUGUUAGUACGUUGGCAGCAUSGGGGGAUWUUKGGGCGMAAGCCAAUAGGGCUUGA